AUGCUCGCCCCGGUCGGGGAGCCCGAUCUGCGGCACCUGCGGCUGGAGAGGGGAACAGUGGGUGUGACCGUGUACAGCCGCAGGCCAAACAAACGCCCCGGGACGGAGGCCUUGCCGGACCGCCCGCAAGGCCGGAGCCAUGGAGGGUACUCUAUCCUACCGUACCCGGGCCGCCGCCUCCGGGGCUGCCUGCUCAGGCCACGAGUAGGGGCGGGGCCGCGGACGGGCGGCGCGCAAGGGCGCGGGGGCGGCGCGCAAGGGCGCGGGGGCGGCGCGCAAGGGGCGGGGGCGGCGCGCAAGGGCGCGGGGGAGCCGCGUUUCCGCGGACGCAUCACGUUUCCGGGCGUUUCACCGCGCGCCGUUUCCCUCCGCGCGGUCGGCGCUACUUCCCGCGGGGCCCGAGGACCCCAGUCGUCGGUGAGGGGAGCGUGCAAUUGGCUGCGGCGGCGUAGCCGCUGCAGAGGGACUAGUGAGAAGAGGAGUGCCAAGUCGUUUCACCUCCUCCGCGGAGGCCUGAUUUGA